UUCAAGAUCAGCAAAUACGAAAAUGAAGCAUGAAGGAGUAUUAUCAUUUGACAGGGACUACCAGCCUCUCCAAAAAAAAAUGUAAAAAAAAGAAGUGAAGGUAUAAAUCAAGUUGAAAGCGAUAUCCCCUUCCUUAGGACCUCCAGUUUGUCAAAACAUCAUGAUUAUGUCUCAUACAUCAUGUCAAAUAUCGAUACUCUUUUGGAGUUCUACGGGUCAAGUGGCGCUAAAGAUCGUUUUACGCUGUAUCAAGGUAAGCAAAGGGUCAUUCAGCCGAUGGUUAAUAUGUUGACGCACGGUGCUUCAAAAUAUGAUCGGUCAAGACGAAAUCGUAUAAUGAGGAAGAAAAAAAGGAGAAAGAAGUGGAAGAAGAAUACCAGAAAGAAGAAGGAACAUGAUAUUCUGACCGAAAAGAAAAGGAAGCAAAGUCCCUUCGUACAACCCAUGGACAAGGUUCCGCUGGUUGUUUUUGGGGCUGGUAUGUUUGGGAAGGAUAAUGUGAAGCUCAAAGGUUUAAGGUGUGGUGUUGUUGGCAGAUUAUUUAAAGCACUGAAAAGACGUGAAGCUGAAGGUGGCUUGAUUAUUUAA